CUCCCCGCCAAACCCUCAGUCAACGCUUCACCAGUCAGAGCCCGAGACCUUACAACACCACCACGACGACGACGACGACACAGAGCUAUGGCCGACAACACUACACGCGACGUCGAGAUGGCUGAGACGGAGGGCCAGCUCAAGGUGGAAAUUAACGGCGAGAAAGACGACACGCUACGGAUCAAGACGCUUCCUGGAGCCGAACCCGGGUGCGCAUCAUUCGAGAUCGAGGACGAGGAUCACACUCUCGGAAAUGCGCUGCGUUACAUGAUCAUGAAGAAUCCCAAGGUGGAAUUGUGCGGAUACUCCAUACCCCAUCCUUCAGAGAACCACUUGAACAUGAGAAUCCAAAUAUACCCCGAGUUCGAGGACGAGCAUACGCCGGCGGAUGCUCUGAUCAAAGGGCUGGACGAUCUGAGCUCGCUUUGCGGAGUGGUUCAGGACAAGUUCACUGCAGCUCGGGACGGGUUUGGCAAGAAUUAAAGGGUGUGAAUGGGGCACAAUCAUGGU